AAAUGUUAGCAUCUUGUUCAAUAUGUGGCGAUUGUUUCACAGGAAUUCAUCCUGAAUCGGUUCAUUCAACACCUUGUGGUCAUGUUUUCCACUAUGAAUGUCUCAUGACUUGGAUUAAAAGAGCGCAGACUUGUCCACACUGUCGGUCAAAAGUAACUGAAAAGCAAAUUAUCAAAUUAUAUUUUCACAACAAUUCAAAUUUAAKUAUAAAAGAAGAUAUAUCUUCACUGACUCACCAGGUGCAAUCACUUACAUAUGAAAAUACUCUAAAGAAUGAAGAAAUAAAAAAUUUGUUAAUUAUAACCAAAAAAGAAAAAGAACAACUGAAUACACUAAAGAAACAUGUGAAAGAUGUGGAAGACAAAAUUCGAGGCCAUCAGACAGUUGUAUCUAGUUUACAAGAAAAUAUCCGUUUUCUUAAAUCUGAAUGUAAAAAAUCUACUUGCUACAAACUUGAAGCUGAAGAAUUAAAAAAAGAUUUAGAAAAAUACCAAUCAAUAAACAGUAUAUUAUAUGGAACUGCUGCAGAUUCUCAAGAAGCUGUAAGUUUGUUAAAAAAAAAGACUGAUGUUCAAACUUUAUGCUUACUUAUAACUUCUUUUAAAAAAGAAAUUCAAACUUUAAAAGAAAGUAAUAGAGAUUUGGAAACUAAGUUUUCACAACGAGUUUCUAAAUACAUGGAACUUAAAAGACAUUUGUGCAAUGUAAAUUCAAAAGAAUCCAUGAAUACCCGAGUAAUGGAG